GGCGGUGUGGCCUAAGUUCCUGCCCACGCGGUGUUCGGUAUUCUGCAAGGGUACAGAGCGCACGUCUGCAGCCGGCUCUCUCGCUGUCUGAAUCACCGACCUCUCUCCCGGCUGUAUUUCCAAAAUGUCUCUUUCUAACAAGCUGACGCUGGACAAGCUGGACGUGAAAGGGAAGCGGGUCGUUAUGAGAGUCGACUUCAAUGUUCCUAUGAAGAACAACCAGAUAACAAACAACCAGAGGAUUAAGGCUGCUGUCCCAAGCAUCAAAUUCUGCUUAGAUAAUGGAGCCAAGUCAGUAGUCCUUAUGAGCCACCUAGGCCGGCCUGAUGGUGUCCCUAUGCCUGACAAGUACUCCUUAGAGCCAGUUGCUGUGGAACUCAAAUCUCUGCUGGGCAAGGAUGUUCUGUUCUUGAAAGACUGUGUAGGCCCAGAAGUGGAGAAAGCCUGUGCCAGCCCAGCUGCUGGGUCUGUCAUCUUGCUGGAGAACCUCCGUUUUCAUGUGGAGGAAGAAGGGAAGGGAAAAGAUGCUUCUGGGAACAAGGUUAAAGCUGAACCAGCCAAAAUAGAAGCUUUCCGAGCUUCACUUUCCAAGCUAGGGGAUGUUUAUGUUAACGAUGCUUUUGGCACUGCUCACAGAGCCCACAGCUCCAUGGUAGGAGUCAAUCUGCCACAGAAGGCUGGUGGUUUUUUGAUGAAGAAGGAGCUGAACUACUUUGCCAAGGCCUUGGAGAGCCCAGAGCGACCCUUCCUGGCCAUCCUGGGCGGAGCUAAAGUUGCAGACAAGAUCCAGCUGAUCAAUAAUAUGCUGGACAAAGUCAAUGAGAUGAUUAUUGGUGGUGGAAUGGCUUUUACCUUCCUUAAGGUGCUCAACAACAUGGAGAUCGGUACUUCUCUGUUUGAUGAAGAGGGAGCCAAGAUUGUCAAAGACCUAAUGUCCAAAGCUGAGAAGAAUGGUGUGAAGAUUACCUUGCCUGUUGACUUUGUCACUGCUGACAAGUUUGAUGAGAAUGCCAAGACUGGCCAAGCCACUGUGGCUUCUGGCAUACCUGCUGGCUGGAUGGGCUUGGACUGUGGUCCUGAAAGCAGCAAGAAGUAUGCUGAGGCUGUCACUCGGGCUAAGCAGAUUGUGUGGAAUGGCCCUGUGGGGGUAUUUGAAUGGGAAGCUUUUGCCCGGGGAACCAAAGCCCUCAUGGAUGAAGUGGUGAAAGCCACUUCUAGGGGCUGCAUCACUAUCAUAGGUGGUGGAGACACUGCCACUUGCUGUGCCAAAUGGAACACGGAGGAUAAAGUCAGCCAUGUGAGCACUGGGGGUGGUGCCAGUUUAGAGCUCCUGGAAGGUAAAGUCCUUCCUGGGGUGGAUGCUCUCAGCAAUAUUUAGUACUUUCCUGCCUUUAGUUCCUGUGCACAGCCCCCAAGUCAACUUAGCAUUUUCUGCAUCUCCACUUGGCAUUAGCCAAAACCUUCCAUGUCGAUUCAGCUAGUGGCCAAGAGAUGCAGUGCCAGGAACCCUUAAACAGUUGCACAGUAUCUCAGCUCAUCUUUACUGCACCCUGGAUAUGCCUACAUUCUUCAAGAUCCCAUUUGAAUUUCUUAGUGACUAAACCGUUGUGCAUUCUAGAGUGCAUAUAUUUAUAUUUUGCCUGUUAGUGAGCUGUGUUAGCUUAGUUCUCUUUUGAUGUAGCUUAUUCUUAUUAGCUUUGUCACUGUUUCACUACUCAGAGUGGAAACAAGAUGAAAUUGACUUUGUAGGUAGGGAGGUGAAAUUGAUGAUCCAUUAAAUAAACAAUAAAAGUGUCCACUGAAACCGUGA